ACAAUAUAGGGACAGUUAUCCCGGUUGCCUAGAAACGGUAGAACGCUUAGAUACGUUGGAAUAAGGCUCCGUUGUGAGCUCAGAGACCCUUCCUGGCCGCACACACAGCCAACAUGUUCAUAUACCUGAGUAAGAAAAUUGCCAUUCCCAACAAUAUCCGAUUAAAAUGUAUAUCGUGGAACAAAGACCAAGGUUACAUAGCAUGUGGCGGCGAAUCGGGAUUGCUGAAAGUCUUAAAAUUGGAAAUGCAAACAGAUGAUUCCAAGUUAAAGGGGCUUGCUGCCCCCAGUAAUCUCUCCAUGAAUCAGACCCUUGAGGGACACAGCGGUUCUGUACAAGUUGUUACUUGGAAUGAACACUUUCAGAAAUUGACCACCAGUGAUCAGAAUGGACUCAUCAUUGUCUGGAUGCUGUACAAGGGCUCUUGGUACGAAGAGAUGAUUAAUAACAGGAAUAAGUCCGUUGUGCGCAGCAUGAGCUGGAACGCUGAUGGUCAGAAGAUCUGCAUUGUGUAUGAGGAUGGAGCAGUCAUUGUCGGCUCAGUGGACGGCAAUCGUAUUUGGGGCAAGGAACUGAAAGGGAUACAACUGUGCCAUGUAGCAUGGUCGCCGGACAGCAAAAUUCUUCUGUUUGGCAUGGCAAAUGCAGAAAUUCACCUCUACGACAACCAGGGGAAUUUCAUUGUGAAAAUGCUGCUGAGUUGUUUGGUGAAUGUGACGGGUCCUCUGAGUAUUGCUGGCAUGCACUGGUAUUCAGGUACUAAAGGGUACGUGGAACCAGAUUGCCCCUGUCUCGCCAUAUGUUUUGACAAUGGAAGAUGCCAGAUAAUGAGACACGAGAAUGAUGAAAACCCAGUGCUGAUUGAUACCGGUAUGAAUGUAGUGAGCGUUCAGUGGAAUCACUGUGGGAGUGUGCUGGCCGUGGCUGGGUCCCAGAAAACCACCAUUCAGGAUAAAGAUGUCAACAUUGUGCAGUUCUACACCCCCUUUGGAGAGCACCUGCGCACAUUGAAGGUUCCAGGAAAACAAAUGUCCGCCGUGUCCUGGGAAGGUGGAGGCUUAAGAAUCGGACUAGCUGUAGAUUCCUUCAUAUACUUUGCAAACAUUCGACCAGAUUACAAGUGGGGUUAUUGCUCCAACACCGUUGUGUACGCCUACACAAGACCGGACCGUCCCGAGCAUUGCGUCGUCUUCUGGGAUACAAAGAACAAUGAGAAAUUUGUAAAAUAUGUCAAAAGCUUGAUCUCCGUCACAACGUGUGGGGAUUUCUGUAUUCUGGCUACCAAAGCUGAUGAAAACCACCCCCAGGAUGACAAUGAAGCAGAAACUAACAGAGCUAAGUAUGUGCUGGUGUUGUGCAAUUCUAUUGGAACUCCGUUGGAUUCUAAAUACAUAGAUUUGGUACCCUUGUUUGUCACCAUGACCAAAGCACACGUAGUAGCAGCAUCCAAGGAAACCCUCUAUGUCUGGCAGUACCGGGUGGCAAAGAAGCUGACUGCAAUGGAGAUAAAUCAGUUGCUGCGGACUAGAAAGGAGGGCAGAGAACGGAUGUUUCAUGUUGAUGAAGCGUCGUCCGGAGCUGGGGAGGGGCUGCUGGAUUACAGUAAAGUGGUGGCAGCAACAAGAGAUCCCAUCUGCUGCAUAACAGCAUCUGAUAAAGUCCUGAUUGUGGCACGCGAGUCUGGGACGGUACAGAGAUACAGCUUACCAAACGUGGUGUUAGUGCAGGAGUAUGGGCUGAGCUGCCGUGCCCAUCACAUGAGUAUGAACUGCAAUUCCAGCCGCCUGGCUAUCAUAGAUAUCUCUGGAGUAGUCACAUUCCUGGAUCUGGAAGCCCGGCACACGGAUGACGCAGGCCAGCAAAUAGUCAGUGAGCAGCUGAAGUUUGAGCGCAAGGAUGUUUGGGACAUGAAGUGGGCCAAUGACAACCCGGACUUGCUUGCAUUGAUGGAGAAGACUAGGAUGUACGUGUUCAGGAACAUGGAUCCAGAGGAACCCAUUCAGACAUCAGGAUAUAUUUGCAAUUUCGAGGACUUGGAAAUAAAAUCUGUUCUUUUGGACGAAUUGCUAAAGGACCCAGAACACCCUAACAAGGAUUACAUAAUUAACUUUGAAAUCCGAUCCCUGCGAGAUAGCAGAGCAUUGAUUGAGAAGGUUGGGAUUGAAGACGCAUCUCAGUUCAUCGAGGACAACCCUCACCCCAGACUCUGGCGAUUACUAGCUGAAGCUGCCCUCCAGAAACUGGACCUGCCAACCGCGGAGCAGGCAUUUGUGCGCUGCAGGGACUAUCAGGGCAUAGGGUUUGUAAAGCGGCUGGGCAACCUGCAGAGCGAGCCCAUGAAACAAGCGGAGGUGUGCGCCUAUUUUGGCAAGUUUGAGGAAGCAGAGAGGAUGUACCUGGACAUGGACAGGAGAGACCUGGCUAUCAGCCUGCGGAUAAAACUGGGAGACUGGUUCCGAGUGUUGCAGCUGCUGAGGACUGGUUCCGGUGACUCGGAUGAUGCCCUGUAUGAGCAGGCAUAUAAUGCCAUCGGUGACUAUUUUGCAGACCGACAGAAAUGGGUAAACGCUGUGCAGUACUAUGUACAGGGCAGGAAUCAGCAGCGCCUGUCAGAGUGCUACUAUAUGCUGGAAGAUUAUGAUGGCUUUGAGACUUUGGCCAAUUCCUUACCUGAGAACCACAAACUGCUACCAGACAUUGCUCGUAUGUUUAUGACCGUGGGAAUGUGUGAGCAGGCAGUGGCCGCCUAUCUGAAGUGUAACAUGCCGAAAGCCGCAGUAGAUGCAUGCAUUCACUUAAAUCAGUGGAAUAAAGCCGUUGAGCUUGCCAAAAAUCACAACAUGAAAGAAAUCGGAUCGCUGCUUGCCAAGUACGCCUCCCACUUGUUAGAGAAGAACAAGACACUUGACGCUAUUGAGCUGUACCGGAAAGCCAAUUACUUCCUGGAAGCAGCUAAGCUCCUUUUCAAGAUUGCUGAUGAGGAGGCAAAGAAGCGGACAAAGCCGCUGCGUGUGAAGAAGCUGUACGUCCUGGCGGCGCUGCUGGUGGAGCAGUAUCACACACAGAUGAAGAACACACAGAAGGGGAAACUGAAAGGGAAACAGACAGAGGCUACAUCUGCGUUAGCGGGUCUGCUGGAGGAGGACAGCUUGUUGUCUGAUAAUCGGAUCAUCGACAACGCCUGGCGAGGAGCUGAAGCCUAUCAUUUCUUCCUGCUGGCUCAGAGGCAGCUGUAUGAGGGAUACGUGGAUGCUGCCAUGAGCACAGCUCUCCACCUGCGAGACUAUGAAGACAUCAUUCCUGCUGUAGAGAUCUAUUCCCUCCUCGCGCUCUGUGCCUGCGUUAACCGAGCGUUUGGUACAUGUUCCAAGGCCUUUAUUAGACUGGAAUCUUUAGAGACGUUGAGCCCUGAACAGAGGCAGCAGUACGAAGAUCUCGCUUUAGAAAUCUUCACCAAGCACAGUCCAAAAGACAGCAGGAAAGCGGACGUGGAGGUCUUCCUAGAAGGUGGGGAGGGAAAACUCCCAACAUGCAUUGCUUCAGGGAGACCCAUCACGGAGUACCAGUUCUGGAUGUGCAGUGUCUGUAAACAUGGCGUACAAGAUGGCGAGAUCGCUGCUUUCAGCUUCUGCCCUCUCUGCCAUAGCUCCACUGCAUGAACACGUCCACGUACAAAUCCUUUCACUGUAAAUACAUAACAUUAUAAUAACAUGCUUCUAGUUAAUGGAACCAUUUCUCAGUCACACACUGGAUCAGUUCCCAGUCUCUAGUCAGAUAUUAUUUUAGACCCAAUAUACAUUAAAUAGAAUGAAAAACUA